AGGUAUUAAAAUAUAUUCAAAAACUUGAACUGUGAACAACAUAAAAUUGUGGAAUAAUAGCCGGCCUACUGACUUAUUGAAGUAUUCCCAAUACAUACUAAAGUACAAUACGUCACGAUAAUAAAUUCAUAAAUGCAUCAUUGAAAUUUUAUCAAGGCUUCUGAAGUCUUAUUGAGCAUUCAAAGUGCUAUUAUUAAUACUAUAGUAAAUCGUUGAUUAUAAUACGGCAGUUUUGUGUACAUUGACAGUCUUCGAUGCUGAAAAAUAGAAAUUAUAGAAAUAGAAAUGAUGAAACAAAUAAUUGUUUUGACAGCUCUUUUAUAUUGUGCAAUCGCGGUAAUGCCUUUUAAUAAAAAACUACUUGCAUGUAAUAACAAAAUAGAAAAGUUUCAAGAUGAAUUCGAAGCACAUGAAGAAUUAAAUAGACUACCUCGUAAUACAGCACCACGAGUAUACAAAAUUGAAUUUGAUCCAGAUUUUGAAGGUGAAUCGUUUACAUUUAAAGGCAACAGUUCAAUUAUUUUUGAAGUACUCGAACCUACUUCGACGGUGGUUUUGCAUCGAUCUAAUAGAAUAACGAUAGACAAAGACUUGACAGAACUUAUAAACAAAAAUGGUGUAUCUUUAAUACCAACAAAGCAGAAAUGGAAUCCUUUAAAUGAAUUCUAUUCAAUUGAAUUUGAAGAGGAAUUAGAACCUGAAAACUAUACUCUGAAAUUAAAGUGGAAUGGAAUUGAUUCCGCUGAAGAUUGGUUUACUAGACGUAUGGGAUUUUUCCGUGGAUACGACAAGCUAGAGGAUGAUACACUACAGUAUCUUGUUACGACUCACUUUCAACCUUCAGCAGCUCGCAAUGCAUUUCCAUGCUGGGAUGAACCAGGUUUCAAAGCUGAGUUUGAAAUAUCAUUGAAACAUUUUCCAAAUUAUACGGCCCUAUCAAACAUGCCACAAAAAUAUCAUCGAUGGUUACCGGGUGGUAAAAUUAUAACUUACUUCAGAAGAUCAGUGCCGAUGUCUCCUUAUCUUCCGUGUGUAGCAGUUGCUCAUUAUAAGUCUAUUAGAAAUGCUCAUGGAAAUAUAACAUUUUAUGCCUUGGAAAGUAAAUUGGAAUCAUUGAGAUUCGCCUUAGAAGUUAGUGAAAAAGUUAUACCAGCAAUGGAAGCAUACACUGAUAUACCCUAUGCAUUACCAAAAUUAGAUCAGAUUGCUAUUCCUCAGUACACAGAUGCUAUGGAGCAUUGGGGACUAAUUACUUACCACAUUGAAGCUGUUGAGUUGGAAAAAUCUACAUUGGCUCCAAAUAUCGAAAAUAGAGAUAAUAUAGCUAUUCUUGUUGCUCAUGAAUUAGUACAUCAGUGGUUCGGUAAUCUCGUUAGUCCAAUUUGGUGGGAUAAUACUUGGUUGAAUGAAGCUUUUGCUGAUUAUUUUCAGAUUAAGGUUCUUGACCAGAUAUAUCCGUCUUGGCGUAUAAUGGAUUUCUAUAUCGUACAAAAUAUAAAUCGUUAUUCUCAUGACGCGGAGUCACACGCUCCAGAACCUAAACCAAUAAAAUGGACACCUCGAAAUAAAAUAACUACUGAGUAUAUGUUUAGUGACAUUACGUACUACAAAGGAGGCGCUUUCGUUCACAUGUUAGAACAUGUUCUAACAAAAGAUGUUUUUCGUGAAGGGAUUCGACGCCAUCUUAAAGCACAUAAAUUUAGUACUGCAGUUCCGGAUGAUCUCUGGAAUGCCUUUCAAGAAGUAUAUGAUGAACGAUAUAAAACAAAAAUAUUGGAUAUUAAAGAGACGAUGGAUCCUUGGAUCGAACAAACGGGUACACCAAUUGUAACUGUUACUCGUGAUUACGAAACUGGAAAAACGAGUCUAACACAAAAAAACUAUCAAAAUUUAAAUGCUGAUAAUAAAUGGCGGAUUCCAAUAAAUUAUGCAACUAAAUCAAAUCCAGAUUUCUCAAGUUCUGCUCCGACUAUGUGGAUGGAAAAGGACAACGAAAUUACAACAAUACGCAAUAUUAAUAAAGAUGACUGGAUUAUUCUUAAUAUCCAACAAGGAGGAUUCUAUCGUGUGAACUAUGAUUUAGAGAACUGGCGAAAAAUCGCAGAAUAUCUCAGAUCAAACGAUUAUAGCAAAAUCCAUCCCAUUAAUCGGGCGCAACUUCUUGACGAUGUUUUCAGAAUAUACCAAGAUGAUCAGUCAUACCUUGAGAUACUGGUCAGUAUUACGUCAUAUUUACAUCAAGAAACUAAUUAUUUACCCUGGAUACCGGCAAGUAAUAUAAUUAUGGAAAUGCUAGAAAAUAUGCGCAAUACACCUGAAGAAGAUUUAUUCAAAACAUACAUACUUUUCCUCACCAGUGAAAUAACUGAUAAACUUGGCUUUGAAAACGAAGGACCGUUUAAUCCUCCAGCAGUUCGAAUCAGAAGUAAGCUCGCUCCAUUUAUUUGUGAAUUUGGACAUGCCGAUUGCAGAUCCUUUUCUCAACAUUUAUUCAAUAAAUUUUUAGAAGAUCCAUCAAAAAACACAUUACCCUCUAAUGAUUGGGAAUGGAUUGUCUGUUCUGGUCUUAGAGAAUCGAAUCAUACAACAAGAAAAAGGUUUUUGGCUACCAAAUUUAAAGAGAAUCCUAAAAAGGUAUCUCCAACGAACCUUUUUAUUAGAUGUACUGAUGACAUGAAGUUACGGAAUGAGCAAAUAUCUUUACUAAUAGCAGCAGAUUCAACCGAUUCUGAGCAAGUCAAUGCAGUAUUUAAGUCCUUACUAGAAAGUAAUCGUGAUGAUGUAAACUGGGUUCUAAGCUAUUUUACGAAUCAUUUUGAUAAAAUCAAAGAAUUCUAUGACCAAUUCCAAGAUGAUGAAUAUCUAAUUCCGAUUCUUCGUAUGUCUCUUGCUAUUAAGAACAUAGAUCAGUAUAACAAGUUCAAGACCUUCAUCGAAGAUAUUGUAGUAAAUGUUGAGAAUUUGCCUAAGUCCCAUUUGAGGUUAUUAAGAUCUACAUUGGAAGAUAGUUCAAACCUAGUGAAUCUCGCGAAAAAUAUUUCUAUGAAAUUUAAUGAACUUAUGGAUAAUAAACUUCUAAGACCUUAUACUAUUGAUAUUGACAAAAGAUAAAAA